AUGGACUCUGAUCCAGAUCCCAACCAAGCACCUGAUUUCUCAAUUUGCAACCAUACCCAGACCCCAGCUCAAGAUAAUCUUCAAAUGAUCUCCAACCCCGCUAUCAAAGCUUAUUAUGACCGAUGCCUAUAUCAAUUGACAAAAUCUCUUUUGCACCAGGCCCAAGCCGAGUAUGCUCGCCAAUAUGAGCUUGAUCUUGAUCAAGCUCAACCUCCUGGAUCACCACCUCUGGCUCCUAAAGCCUCGGUCCCCCAAGCAUUUACAUUAGGUCUACUCAACAACCCCUCACAUGCCGUUCUUGAUCUGCAACCUGAGCAGGAAGUAGUUGCCUCAAUAGCGCAGGCUGCUCUUGACCACUUCAAUGCACUCUCGGAUUCCUCAAAUGAAGACCUUGAAUGGUUGUAUGCUCCCAGCAACGAUGAUUUGCUGGAGGUUACUGUGAUUGUCAAUGAUGAUAUUGAAACAGCCAGUCAUGGAUGCAAACGUGCUUGUACUGCAGACCAUACAGCAACCUCAUGCUGGUGGUUCCCUUGGCAAGUCAAGGUUAAACAACUUGAUCUGUUUCUCUGGCUGCUCAAAGUCAAUGAUGUAGAUGAUGUCCCAUCAGUCAAGACCAUACAAAGUCUUAAUUCCGCUUUGCAGAAGUGCUGUGGCAUUGGGACUAUCACUUACAAAGGAGCGCUGGGGAAUCAUUACCAUGUAAACAACCUCGCUCAUAUAAUAUCUCAGGAGAUGUCAAACCCCAAGGUUAGGCCCCACUUACACUUCUACCCCAAAGACAGUGGACUAUGGCUCUCAGAGGCUCGACAGGGUUUGUGCUGGCUGUGUGAAGUUCCAGAUGAGCAGCUCACACCUAUGGCACGGCUCAACAGCCACGAUUAUUACAUACAUGAACCUGCAAUGCUCUCAAAUGGCCAUUGCUGGGCCAUGGAACCUGUAGACACAGACCACCAGCGUAGUUGGAAGGUCAUCAAAUCCGUUGUAGACUCCAAGACAUCCUCAACUUCUGAGUGGGCAUUUACAGAUCCCAAUGUUGGGAAUCGAUGGCGUGCACUGUCAAAAAGGCACAAAGUGCUCAGUUUUCCAAUAUGGAUGUACUGUAAUAACAUGUCUGGUCUUCCAUGUUCUGAGGCCCAACAAGAAUACAAUGUACACUUUUUGUGUACAUCCAACUUAGCACCUCCACUGGAGAUGCUGGAUGGUAUUGUUGGCCAGCUCAAGCAUGUCAACUUCUUAUUACUUUACAAUACCUGGACUAACAGUAUCAACUUUCUAGAAACGCACAAAAAAGUGGUGUUUGGUCAUGGGACUCUCAAACAAAUGAGCCAGUCCUUCUUCUACCCUUCGUACUUGCUCUGUUGGGAGACAAUCCUAUGCAGAGACUGUGUGGCAAACUUUUUUGUCGUGCAUGCUGGGUCAAAGGAACUGAUGCUGCUACCAACAUCCUCGAGUCAGCAGGCCAGUGUGUCCACCAAGAAAGCAAUGGAGCCGAAAGUGAUGCAGACAGCCAAAUGGCCAGCGACGACAGUGCAAAUGAAGGAACAUCCAAUCCAGCCAGUGAAACUGAAAGUUGGUAAACCUCGAAACAAGCAAGAAACAAUCACUCAAUUGUGUGCCCAAUUUGUUCAAGCAUCCCAGCUUGAUUCAAAGACAAAAGUCAACAAGAUGCGCACAGAAUCUGGUAUCAAAGACACCUUUCAGAAGUAUUUUAUAGAUAAGGUUGUCGGUUCAUACCAGCGUUUGAGAGGUGUGGCAAGCAAACAAGCUGCAUUAGAUGAGUCAAUAGCAUCUUUUCCCGACACAAUCAUCAGUCCUGUGUGGAGAAUCAAAGGACUUGACCCACACCAAGACACGCCUGUUAAAAUACUACAUAUUGUGUUACUUGGCUUUGUUAAAUACUUGUGGCGGGACUUAGUACAGCUUCAGCUUAAGGGUAAACCUGACAAGCUCAACCUCCUUGCCACCAGACUGUCAUCUCUUAAUGUCAAUGGCCUUGGCAUCUCACCACUUGCUGGAAAAACUUUGGUACAGUAUUCUGGUUCACUCACAGGGCAGGAUUUUUGUGCCAUAGUUCAGGUGGCCCCAUUCGUCAUCUAUGACCUUGUCUCCAAGGAGUGUAUGGAUACAUGGGUUGCAUUAUCCAAGUUGAUUCCGUUGAUUUAUCAGCCAGAAAUACAUGACAUCAACGCACACUUGCAUAAUGGACAUGUUGUUGGUUUAACAAGCCAAAAUUUCACAUUUUUGUACACUUAG